GAUAACAUUAUCGUUGUAUUGGCGAUCGGCGCGAUCGAUUCAGUGUGAAUUCGUGAUCGAACGACUAUCAACGAUGUCGGCGUCUCGACUAUCUUUCGUCAUCGUCGUGUGUUUUGGACUAGCGGUUUUAUCCGUUUGCGAUGCAGUACCGUUGGACGAUAUUGCAUUUCCCGAAUCACUGACUUCACGGUAUCAAUCUUCAUCAUGGGUCAAUUAUGAUACAGCACCUAAAAGGACUACAAGACAAGGAAGUCGUCGUCCCAGACCUCCGAUAUCUAACGUAGAAGAUCCAUUUGGAGGGCUCGAUCCACAAACAAGCAAUCAAGGCCAAUGGUCUAACCAAAGACCUAACCAAAGACCUAACCAACAACAAGGCUUUAAUAAUAGACCAUCUGGUCAAAACCAAUGGGGUAACCCUGGACAAAAUCAAUGGGGCACAAAUGGUUUUAACCCCGGUCAAAACCAAUGGGGUACCAAUGGUAAUAAUCCUGGUCAAAGCCAAUGGGGCACAAACGGUAAUAACCCUGGUCAAAAUGGUCAAAACCAAUGGGGUUCUAACAGUAACAAUCCCAAUCAAAACCAAUGGGGUUCUAACGGUAACAAUCCCAAUCAAAACCAAUGGGGUACCAAUGGUAAUAGUCCUAAUCAAAAUCCAGUUCAAACUACCACGACUGCAACGAACAGUGAACAGAAUAUCGAAGCUCAACGUAACACAUGUAACACGAGAUGUAGAGAAAUGAUUACAAACGAAUACAAUCCUGUCUGUGGAAGUGAUUCUCAAACAUACCAAAAUAGAAGAUUUUUGGAUUGUGUGGCCAACUGUGGUAUACCCACCGAAUUCAGUUACAUCGGUACUUGUGUGACGACGACCGAACGCACCAAUCGCGCAACAUAAAAUUCAAAAUUUCACUACUGUUUCAGCUAUAAAUAGAUAAAUGGUUGAUUAUUUUAUAAAUAUAUAAUUAAUUUUUAGAUACAUUUUGUACAAUAGACGUGAUAUACAAUGUAA